UCCCUUGCGCGGAGCCCCUGCAGGGCCCCCUCUGGCUCCGGGCAGUUGGCGGCCGACGCCCAGCCGGUCUUCUUAGCCGCAGCCGCAUCCCCUGCCCCUGGGUCUGCGGCCCCUUCCCCCCAGCCCCUUAGUUCCCGGCAGUGGAGGCGCCGCAGCGGCGAGCGAUGCAAGGCUGAGCCGGGAAGAUCUGCCUGCACUGCAAGUGCCCUCAAGAGGAGCAUAUGGUGACGGUGAUGCCCCUGGCGAUGGAGAAGACCGUCAGCAAACUCAUGUUUGACUUCCAGAGGAACUCGACCUCGGAUGACGACUCAGGCUGUGCCUUGGAGGAGUACGCCUGGGUCCCGCCGGGGCUGAAGCCUGAACAGGUUCACCAGUACUAUAGCUGUCUCCCAGAAGAGAAAGUGCCCUAUGUCAACAGUCCCGGAGAGAAACUUCGAAUCAAGCAGCUAUUACACCAGCUGCCGCCACAUGACAAUGAGGUUCGCUAUUGCAACUCCCUGGAUGAGGAAGAGAAGAGGGAGCUGAAGCUCUUCAGCAACCAGCGGAAACGUGAAAACCUGGGUCGUGGCAAUGUCAGGCCCUUCCCGGUCACCAUGACAGGAGCGAUCUGUGAACAGUGCGGAGGCCAGAUCAACGGCGGGGACAUUGCUGUGUUUGCGUCGCGCGCCGGCCACGGUGUCUGCUGGCACCCACCCUGCUUCAUCUGCACUGUCUGCAACGAGCUCCUGGUGGAUUUGAUCUACUUUUACCAAGAUGGGAAGAUAUACUGUGGCAGGCACCACGCCGAGUGCCUGAAGCCACGCUGCGCAGCCUGCGACGAGAUCAUCUUUGCAGACGAAUGCACAGAAGCUGAGGGGCGACACUGGCACAUGAAACACUUCUGCUGCUUCGAAUGCGAGACAGUGCUGGGCGGCCAGCGCUACAUCAUGAAGGAGGGAAGGCCCUACUGCUGCCACUGCUUCGAGUCCUUGUACGCAGAAUACUGCGACACCUGUGCCCAGCACAUAGGAAUCGACCAAGGUCAAAUGACCUACGACGGCCAACACUGGCAUGCCACUGAGACCUGUUUCUGCUGUGCUCACUGCAAGAAGUCCCUCCUGGGGCGGCCAUUCCUCCCCAAACAAGGCCAGAUCUUCUGCUCACGGGCCUGCAGUGCCGGGGAGGACCCGAAUGGCUCUGACUCUUCUGAUUCAGCCUUCCAGAACGCCCGGGCCAAGGAGUCCCGGCGCAGCGCCAAAAUCGGCAAGAACAAGGGCAAGACAGAGGAGCCCAUGCUGAACCAGCACAGCCAGCUGCAGGUGAGUUCCAACCGGCUGUCGGCUGACGUGGACCCCCUGUCGCUGCAGAUGGACCUGCUCAGCCUGUCCAGCCAGACACCCAGCCUCAACCGGGACCCCAUCUGGAGGAGCCGGGACGAGCCGUACCAUUACGGGAACAAGAUGGAGCAGAGCCAGUCGCAGAGCCCCUUGCAGCUCCUCAGCCAGUGCAACAUCAGAACUUCCUACAGUCCGGGAGGGCAGGGGGCAGGGGCCCAGCCCGACAUGUGGGCCAAGCACUUCAGCAACCCCAAAAGGAGCUCAUCGCUGGCCAUGAAGGGGCACGGUGGCAGCUUCAUCAAGGAAUGCCGAGAAGACUAUUACCCGGGGAGGCUGAGGUCCCAGGAGAGCUACAGUGAUAUGUCCAGCCAGAGCUUCAGCGAAAACCGAGGCAGCAUCCAAGUCCCCAAAUAUGAGGAGGAGGAGGAAGAGGAAGGGGGCAUGUCCACUCAGCAGUGUCGGACCCGUCAUCCGAUCAGUUCACUGAAGUAUACCGAGGACAGGACGCCCACAGAGCAGACCCCGCGGGGCUCCAUGGAAUCGCUGGCCCUGUCUAACACAACGGGCCUCUCCGCGGAUGGUGGUGCCAAGCGCCAGGAGCACCUCUCCCGGUUUUCCAUGCCCGAUCUCAGCAAAGACUCUGGGAUGAACGUGUCCGAGAAGCUGAGCAACAUGGGCACGCUGAACUCGUCCAUGCAGUUCCGCAGCGCCGAGUCCGUUCGCAGCCUGCUCUCCGCCCAGCAGUACCAGGAGAUGGAGGGAAACCUCCACCCUCUCAGCAACCCCAUCAGGUACAGAGACCUGCAGGCCCACGGAAGGAUGCAUCAGAGCUUUGAUUUCGAUGGGGGGAUGGCGGGCAGCAAGCUGCCGGGGCCGGAGGGCGUGAGGAUGCAGCCCAUGAGCGAGCGCACGCGGCGGAGAGCCACUUCCCGCGAAGACAACCGCCGCUUCCGACCUCACCGGUCCCGGCGAUCCCGACGCUCUCGCUCAGACAACGCCCUCCACCUGGCCAGCGAGCGCGAGGCCAUCUCUCAGUUAAAAGAAAGGCCCCCCCUGAGAGCCAGGGAGGAUUAUGAUCAGUUCAUGCGCCAGCGGAGCUUCCAGGAGAGCCUGGGCCAGGGGUCCCGGAGGGACCUGUACGGCCGGUGCCCCCGGACUGUGUCGGACCUGGCUCUGCAGAAUGCCUUUGGGGAGCGAUGGGGACCCUACUUCACCGAGUACGAUUGGUGUUCCACCUGCUCCUCCUCCUCGGAGUCUGACAACGAGGGCUAUUUCCUAGGAGAACCCAUCCCCCAGCCCGCCCACCUGCGAUACGUCACGAGUGAUGAGUUACUGCACAAAUACAGCUCGUACGGCCUCCCCAAGUCUUCCACGCUAGGUGGCAGGGGACAGUUGCACAGCAGGAAAAGACAAAAGAGCAAAAACUGUAUCAUUUCUUAA